CACUCGUCUCUGCUCCCAGACUAGUCAUGCUCAUGGCCAUCCAUAUGUUGCGUCUGUGAAAGAAAAACCUUCACGCCAAACUUCAUCAUGAUGAAAGCCUUAAUGGUUUCUUCUUUUCUUGUAGUCCUUGCAACAGGUGUUUGGGGGAGCCCGUGUCCUCCUUUCUCUUGUGGUGAACUUAGAAAUAUAUCAUAUCCUUUUCGUCUUCUAGGUGGUCCACCUGAAUGUGGUCUCAAAGCAUAUGAGUUGACUUGUAGUGGCCUCAAGGCUACAAUUAAGAUCAACACAGGUAUGUAUGUUGUCACUAAGAUUGAGCGCUAUUCCUUCAGGGUCAUAGACGCCAACUUAGACAUGAAUAGCAGCUGCCCUCUUCCUCAGUGGAAUCAAAUUCCUUUUCCAGACUAUGGAACAUACCGUAUUGAAUCAGGUGUAGAUGACUGGUUAAUUGACUCGGAAGGUAGCACUGAUUUGAUCAGUGGUGGAGAUUACUCGGCAUGCUUCGUUAAUUGCUCACGAGCAAUAACGAAUAGUAAUAGUUUUUACAGCCCGGUCACUUGCCUAAGUGCGAAAAACUCGUUUGUUUAUGUCUCUAUUGGCUGCUGCUCUUGUCCGGUUGGAGCUCUUGAACCUUCUUGUGGGUACUUGGCCAUGAUUCCCUUAGAUCUAUAUGAUUAUGAGUUUUAUGAUAGAGAACCAUACACAGGUCAGAACAGAAGUUAUGGAGAUAUCGUGAAAUUAAUAAGAAAGGGAUUUCCUGUUCUGUUUCCUACUGAUGUUGUUCCCCAUACAAAUUCUCAGAUUCUCAGAACAUGCUUGACUUAUUCAAUCAGCUACUUUGACAAUGGAGUCGGGAUCAGUACUUUCCUCUGUAGUGUGGUGGGGUUCGCAAUGUGCGUACAUGAUUAUUCAGAACAAAACAAGUUGUUUUGGGUUGUAACAGCUAUAAUAUCUUUUAUUGAAGUCUUCAAGUACAUAAUUGCACUAGCCUUGUUAUCCAGGUUCUUCUUUGUGCCUUUGGUAGUGUGGACAUUCCUUGCCCAGAAAUUCUGGAAAACAAAGAUAUCCAUUGAUGCUGUAGAGAAGUUUCUCCGAAUGCGACAUGAUUUUGGUCCAACAAGGUUCGACUACACGGACAUCAUUGCAAUCACGAGCCAUUUCAGAGACAAGCUAGGCCAAGGUGGCUAUGGCUCUGUGUUCAAGGGUGUGCUACUGCCAGGCCGUGUCCAUGUGGCCAUCAAGAUGCUAGAGGGUAACUCCAGCUGCAACGGAGAAGAUUUCAUCAGUGAGGUCUCCACCAUCGGCAGGAUACACCAUGUCAAUGUGGUCCGUCUUGUCGGAUUCUGCUCGGAAGAAAUGAGGAGGGCUCUGGUCUAUGAAUACAUGCCUGGAGGUUCUCUUGACAAGUACAUCUUCUCAACUGAGAAGAGUUUUCCUUGGGACAAGCUCAAUGAGAUUGCUUUGGGCAUUGCCCGAGGGAUGAACUACCUGCAUCAGGGUUGCGAAAUGCAGAUUCUGCACUUCGACAUCAAGCCACACAACAUUCUUCUUGACAGCAAUUUUGUCCCAAAAGUUGCUGAUUUUGGACUUGCCAAACUGUACCCAAGGGACAACAGUUUUGUGCCAUCUAAUGCCUUACGUGGGACUGUAGGGUACAUAGCUCCCGAGAUGAUAUCUCGGAGCUUUGGUGCCAUAUCAAGCAAGUCCGAUGUUUACAGCUUCGGGAUGCUGCUUCUAGAGAUGGCCGGAGGAAGAAGGAACGCUGAUCCAAAUGCAGCGAACUCAAGCCAGUCUUAUUACCCAUCAUGGGUGUAUGACAAACUAACUGCACAAGAGGUGGAUGCCAUAUCUCCAGUUGCUGGCAUGCAUGAAUUGGAGAGGAAGCUGUGCAUUGUUGGAUUAUGGUGCAUUCAGAUGAAGUCUCAUGACAGGCCAACGAUGAGCGAGGUCAUAGACAUGUUGGAAGGUGGCUUUGAUGGCCUACAGAUGCCUUCCAGGCCAUUCUUCUGCGACGACGAUCACACCGCUGUCCCGGAUUCUUACCCUUUGUUGUCCGAGCUGACAGAGAUCUCGGAGGAGGAUGAGUAGCAUGUGUGUGUGUGCGCGCGCGCGCGCGCGCGUGUGUGAUUUAAUGUCUCAAGUGUUUGGAAAUAACCUACUAUUAUGUUUUCCCAGUCAUAUGAAGUUUUAUGUGGAAAGAUGUAAUAAUAUUUAGGAGUUAGAGGAUGUUGGUCUUCAACUGUUGACUGAAACGUAAUUGUCUUCCUAGAAGACACAUAUUAUUUGAGUAUAUCAGUACAUUUGCACUUGGUAUUAAAA